ACGAGGCGCUAUGACGGAAUAGCUGUCACAAGGCGUGACGCGAAAUACUAGUAGCGGAUUAAAAAAUGGGCGGGGUCGAGGCUAUACGUGCGCGGACGCCGGUAUUCAGUCAAAAAGGGGAACGUGCGGUUGGUCGUGUAUUUGCUGCGCGUGACGAAUGAACGAAUACAUAAUUGCAGGAGCGAAUUUCUACAGACUUUAGUGCCAGUGGGUCAACGGGAUACGUGCACACGCGAACGGGUGGUCACGACGCACGAGAGACACGUUUUUAAAAGCAAAAUAGUCACGUACAGCAUCGCAUCUCGAGCAGAAGAAGAUUGUGUGCCAAGUAUCACGUUCACUCGGAAUCCAUCAUUCUUGGACGUUUCCACUCAGGCACGAUGGAGGGGGAGAAGAAGCAGGUGACAUGCUACCUCCUGUUUUCUUUAUCGACAGCUGUAAUUGGCUCCCUGCAGUUUGGCUUUAACACAGGAGUCAUCAAUGCCCCAGAACAGAAACUGCGGGAAUUCUUUAAUGCCACAUGGAUAGAGCGUUACGGGGAGCACAUCAGUCCAGGCGUGUGCACCAUUGUGUGGAGUUUUGCUGUGGCCAUUUUUAGCGUGGGUGGAAUGGUGGGAUCAUUCAGUGUCGGUGUCGUAGCCAACAAAUUUGGAAGACGUAAAUCUAUGUUCCUUGUGAAUAUCUUGGCUCUGAUUGGUGGGGGUCUCAUGGGACUGUGCACUCUCUGCUCCUCCUUUGAGAUGAUCAUUGCCGGUCGGCUGGUUAUUGGGCUGUUCUGUGGUCUCUUCACCGGUCUUACUCCAAUGUAUGUUGGAGAAGUGUCACCCACUCCCCUUCGUGGGGCCUUUGGGACCCUUCACCAGCUUGGUGUCGUGGUGGGCAUCUUAAUCGCACAGAUUUUGGGUCUGGAGAAUCUGCUGGGUUCACAAAAGCUCUGGCCUCUGCUUCUGGCUUUAACCGUGCUACCUGCUGUCCUGCAGUGUAUACUGCUUCCGUUCUGUCCAGAGAGCCCUCGGUACCUGCUCAUUAACCUCAAUGAGGAAGAACAGGCCCGUACAGCGCUGGUGCGUCUCCGUGGUUGCGAGGAUGUUGGGAAGGACAUGCAAGAGAUGAAGGAGGAGAGUGCGAAGAUGGCCAUGGAGAAGAAAGUGACCAUCCCAGAGCUCUUCCGCACCGCUGCUUACCGCCAGCCUCUGCUCAUCGCUGUCAUGCUGCAGCUGUCCCAACAGCUGUCUGGCAUCAACGCUGUUUUUUAUUACUCAACUGGUAUUUUUAAGUCAGCUGGAGUGACUCAGCCCAUUUAUGCCACCAUUGGAGCUGGAGCCGUCAACACUGUCUUUACUAUAGUAUCUCUUUUCUUGGUGGAGAGGGCAGGAAGAAGAACUUUGCACCUUAUUGGUUUGUGUGGAAUGGCUGUCAGCGCCUUGGCCAUGACCAUUGCUCUCUUAUUGAAGGACAUUGAGGCUUUUCGCUACCUCAGCAUUGCUGCAAUCUUUGCCUUUGUGGCCAUGUUUGAGAUGGGCCCUGGACCCAUUCCCUGGUUCAUAGUGGCUGAGCUGUUCUCCCAGGGGCCACGUCCUGCCGCCAUGGCCGUUGCAGGAUGCUCCAACUGGACAGCCAACUUCCUUGUGGGAAUCAGCUUCCCAAAACUGGAGGAGCUGUGCGGGCCGUAUGUCUUCAUUAUAUUUAUGAUCUUCCUCAUCUUCUUCUUCAUCUUUACGUACUUCAAAGUACCGGAGACCAAAGGGCGAACGUUCGAUGACAUCGCCCGUGGUUUUAGCGGGGCUCCGCCUCUGACUGCCACCUCUGUGGAGGAGCCUGGCAGUGUCACACUUUCUGCCUCUCCGGUCAAAGAAAAGGUCCCGUUGGUGGAAGCUUCCAAAUCUUCCUCGGAACAGGGUGCAAGCUCAUCUGAGAAAGCUGCGGCAGAUGCUACAAAGGUGGAGGAGAAACCGAGCUCAGUUACACAGCCACUGGUGGAUUCUAGUAAAGAAGAGAAAUCUAAUUCCGCCAUCUAAGAAACGGUGUAACUAAAUAUAGCUUAAUAUGAUUAAAGCCAUGACAUGUACCACUGCAGAUAGAAAUAUAAUACUAGAGAUUAUUAUUAUAUAAAAAAGAGAUUAUUUAGGGUAAACACAUUAUGAACAGAACCACAGUAGAGAGUCACAGAUCUCCUAGACAUAUUUUGAAAGGAUACGAGAGCUCAUAGUACAUGAGCUUUAUUUUAUUGUGUAGUUUGACAACUGAUGGAUUGGUGCAAUAUUGAUUCAUGUGAAGGGUUUUAUUAUUUUAUUGCUCAUUCCUGUAUGUGCUUUUUUAGAGUAGUUUUAAUGUGAAUUAACAAGUUGGACGUAGUUUGCUUUAUCAACUCAAACAGAAAAAGGGAAUUUUAACAUUAGGCCUUCAUAGUUCUUGCCAUUUUCCACCGUCAAACCGCUUCUCGUUUUAUGCUUUUAGAAAAACCAAAGUGUUUUUCCUUUGAACUAUAGUUGGCGGUCAUCAUAAUCUCGAGGGUUUUGCACUGACGAUGUUUAUUUUCAGUAAUAUAUAGUGUAUAUGGAAAGAUAUAUAUACAUUUGCAUUACUUCAGAUCACUAUUACUAUCAAAAACACUUAAAAUAUUUAAUGAAUUAGAAGAAUAAUUUAAAUAUUUAUAUUUAUAGGAAGUGCUUAGCUAGUAAAGCAUAUGCCAAGAAUAAAAUCGCUAGUUUACUGCCAAAAAUAAUACAUUUAAGGAAACAGACUCUUUGGAUAAAUUAAGUCACACAUUAAUCUAAAAUCACAGUAAAGGUUGUAUUGUAGAGGACGCAAAUGGACCAACCAGUUUUCAGUGGAUUUCACGGUAUGUACUACUAUAUAUACAGUCUCACUAACUAAACAAGCUCACAUUUCAGAUGUCCAUGAUUAAGAUUUUUAGCAAAUGACAUGAGGAAAUUUGCUAGAUUAUGACCAUUAAUCCCGCUACUGAAUUUCCUGUGCUUGGUGAUUUAGUAUUUCAGCGUUUCAUGUGCUGCACCGACUCACUUUGAGGUUUUACAAAGUAGUGAGACAAGUCUCACCUGAUUUGAAUAAAUGUGUUUGUAAUACUUUAGCUGUAGUUUUGCACUUUCCGACAUUCUGUUUUAAUCCCUUUCAUAGAGAACAUUUAGGUUUUUCUUCCAUACAUUUAUUUUUUACUUAAAUUAGAGAAUCUUUACCAAAAAUGUAUAUCAUGUAAGUCGAUAGAUGCUUUAUGCUGCCAUUGCUUAGGUGUUGCUAGUUUUGUCUAUAUAUUGAAUGUGAAAGUAUUUAUUAUUAAGCACAUUUAUAUGCCCAGGGUAAUAUGAAGAACUGCGUUUUCCCAUUCUGAUGUCUUGUGUUCAUUUAUGUGUUGCACAGAGAGAAACUCCAAAAAAGACCAAGAAAGCACAUUCCUUUUGCUGUAGUGCACUGUGGUUUGUAUUCCAGCGGUCAAGAGCAGCUUCGCAUUGAGCUAGCCCUCUUAUAACACUAGCAAACAUGACCAUCUCAUUAACUGUUUGUACCUUUCACAUAUUGUAACAUUUACUGUGCAUAAUGUACACAACUCACUUGCUUACUGUACAGUUAGAAGAGCCUCACCCUGUAAAUACCCAAGUUCAUGUUUCUGUGUUGAAUGGUCUAAUUGAUGUUAUUGCAGGUCAAAGGGAGAGUGUCUGCUUAAAAAGAAAUGUUGAUGUUUUGACGUUUGUAUAUUUUAUGGUGGCUUUUCCUGAAUUUGUGUCAAAAUCAUGAGUGGUAAUGUGUACAGUUGUUGUAUUAUUUUGUGAAUAAAUAGUCUAAAU